AUGAUUCGCGGCCAGGGCUCCGAGACCUCGUCCACUAUGGCAACGCCCUCAGAAGCUGGAAGCGAGGCCAGCGACACAAACACAAACCCACUCCCGCCGCUUCUGGACCUCGGCUUGCAUGGGUACGCGUCCGGCACACACCGCCGGCUCAUGGACGCGGAGUUGGCGGCCAAUCUCCGCUCGCUAAUGCCGGCCCGCCUCCAGCUAUACGACGACUGGCACUUACUCUACUCGCUCGAGCAGGACGGGAUUUCGCUCAACACGCUCUACCGCCACAGCAGCCCGGAGCACCAGCGUGCGCAGCGGCAAAAACAGCAGAACCACGGGUACGCGGAAAACGUGGUCAAGGCCAUGGUGCUGUUCCAAACCCCGGGCGUGGAUGCCGCGCGAGGCACGCGGCCGCACGGCUAUGUCUUGGUGAUCGAGGACGAGAAACGCAACAAGUUCGGCUGCUUUCUCAACGAGCACUUGCGGCCGCACGACCACCGUCGCUACUACGGCAACGGCGAGUGUUUCCUCUGGAAGUGCGAGUGGUUCGACCGCCACCAGUUGGGCCCGGCCCACGGGCUGGACCCGCGCCGCCGCCAGCGGUUCAAGGCGUUUGUGUACACGGGCGUCAACGACAAUGUCGUCUACUCAAACCACGACUUCAUAGCGGUGGGGCUGUCGGCCGGCAACAACGGGCUCUGGAUCGACAAGUCGCUCUACCUGGGGGUGUCGUACCCGUGCGACACGUUCGGCAACGAGAUUCUCAACGAGCACGGGUGCACGGGGCACAAGUUCGGCAAGUUCAAGAUCAUCAACUUGGAGCUCUGGCGGGUCGGGGACUUGGCGUAG